UGCACACAUGUCGCGGAUUUCCCUUUCACAUGCAAAUGCAGUGUACCUGAAUCUACCAUGACAUCAUCACAGCCUGUAAUUCUCGAAACGGCGCUCUUAACGCUGCACGUUUUGUGCAAGGGUCCACGAGUCGACUGAUCAUAAGUUAGCUCCGUCUUGCGCAUCCGCGUUCUGACCCAGUCUCCAUCCAUCACCUUUCCUCAUCUUCAUACUACAUAGGACGUUGAGCCAAUCAAUCAACCAUCUUCAUACUACCGCAACGAUGGGGCGCAUAACGAGUACUUUGCGGUAUGCACUCACGCAUCCCGUACUUUUCAUCUAUCAGAUCUUUCAAUACAUCCUCGAUAUCCUCCUCUCACCUAAACCUCCACCACCACACGCGAAACUCUCACGUCCCAAGAUCGCCAUCAUUGGCGCUGGUCUGACCGGUGUAUCCUCUGCCUCACACUGUGUCGGUCAUGGCUUCGAUUGUCGCAUCUUCGAGGCAGGGCCCAAGUCGAAUGUGGGUGGUAUCUGGAGCAAGGUCAACAACACCUCAGGUUUGCAGAUUCACUCGAUCAUGUAUCGCUUCCAUCCGAGCGUCCAUUGGACGAAGGGAUAUCCGGACCGCAAACAGAUCGUUAGCCAGAUCACCGAGCUGUGGAAGAAGUAUGGACUGGAAGAGAGAACACACUUUGACACAAAGGUGGAGAAGGUGUACAAGGACGACCAAGGACGCUGGAUCAUCAACGACCCAUCAUAUGGGCGCUUCGAUGGUGUGAUUGCUGCUAUUGGCACAUGUGGCGACCCGAAGAUGCCCACAUUGCCAGGCCAAGAGCACUUCAAGGGCGACAUCUGGCACAGCUCGCAACUCGACGGGAAGUCAGCUAAGGGCAAGAAAGUUGUCAUUAUCGGUGGCGGAGCUUCAGCAGUCGAAGCUUUAGAAUUCGUCGCAGACUCAGACGCAAAGCACACCACCGUGCUCGCACGCUCUGAGAAAUGGAUCAUCCCCCGCAACCCUCUCGUCGAUGGCCUCCUGGCCCUCAACAUCCUCGGUUCUGAAACAAUCUUCUCUUGGAUUCCAGAAGGCAUCCUACGCCUGUUCUUUUAUCGCGACCUCUUCGAUAUCUCCCCACCCCGCAACAGUGGCAAAGGCAUCUUCACCGAGACACCCAUGGUCAACAGCCAAGUCCUUGACAUGAUCCGCGACGGCAAGGCCAGCUGGCUUCGCGGCGACACAAACGGCUACUCCUCGUCCGGGACCGGAAUAUCCUUCACGCAACGCUCGCGCGGCGUCCCCAAAAACGGGCCCGGCAGCGAGAAGCUUAUCGACGCAGACAUCGUUAUCAUGGCGACCGGAUACAAGCGCCCGAGCCUUAGCUUCCUGCCAGACGAAGUGUUCAGCGAACCGUACGACCCGCCGAACUGGUACCUCCAAGUCUUCCCGCCCGAACACCCCUCCAUCUGCGCGAACAACUGCACUUAUGUCAACGCUAUCGGCACAGUCGGAAAUUACCAUAUCGGCAUCUACACGCGCUUCCUGCUCAUGUACCUUGUUGACCCGCUUGCACGACCUAAGUCGUGGUGGAUGAAGCGCUGGAUCGAUAUGACGCGGUUCAUCAAGAGCAAGGCGCCGGGCGGAGCGUUCGAUUUCUUCACAUACAGUGAGCUGAUUUACUGGUUCUUGUUUACGAUCGUGAUUAAUCCUUUCCGCUGGAAGUGGGCAGCAUUCGUGCUUUUUGGCAUUGGAGUAGGCCUACCGUUGAGUGUGGUUAGGCAGGAGGAUAAGGCGAGGAGUGCGAGUAACGGGACGGGGUUGAGGAGCAUUUGGGCUUGUGAUGAGGACGGGAAGGAUGAUUAGCGUAGUAUACGAUGGAUGGAGGAGGAUAUCUGAGUGGUAUGCAUUUAUACAAUAUGCGUCCACCUGAAAUGCGUGAUGAUUUGACGCCGUGACGCCACGCAUGUC